AUGAAAAGGACUAUCAAACGCAUUUUAUCCGAUUUUCAAGCGUUAACUAUUGCUGCAGAAGAUGUUAGCUCAGUUUAUCGAAAUUUACGACCGCUUUGGGCUUCAUAUCCUGUGUCAAAUCUUGUUGAUCCUGCUGUUCGAAUUUUUGUCAAAAUACCUUGCGCAAGGAAUGCGUUUCUUCAUUAUGUUGGCAUGUUGACUCAUGAAGCUACGCAUCUCUAUUUUUCAAAAAAAGAGAAUCCACAUUUUUCCACUGAAUUUAUAAACGUGGAACGUGCUGUGAGACAAUUGACGAAUGAGAUUCAGCAAUUGCUGGAUGUUAAUGGUUCGAAGAAUCUUGCUUCUGAUAUCUUGAUCUGGUCAUGUUUGUUGUUUAUUGAUAUCUGCAAGUGCAAUUAUGAAAGGCCAAUCGCCAAAAAAACUGGAAUAUCAUCAAUAGCACUACUUGAACUUUUUCAGUCGUGCCCUUCAGUUAAUUACGUUAUAAAUCUAACAGAUAAGGCUAUUUCUUUACUUCUGAAUGCCUCAUCAGAUGAAUGCCUUAAUAUCUUGAUGGAUGCUUCAAGGCAUGGCUUUUGUUUCGACUGGAUAUGGCUUCAUAUUGCAGUCACAUUUCCUGAAGCGAUGGUACCAUGUUUAUUGGAAUUGGGGCACAAUGAAUUUAAAGAAUUUGCUUUGAGUAUUCCCUCAACACAAGCUCAACAACUGGAUAAACAAGAAAUACAUAAGCAGAAAUUUAUUUCCUUAUGUGAAAUUAUUACUUAUCUGGCUUCUAAGCGUCGAGGAGAUUUAAGGAAAGCUGUCCGAGAAAUGCUAAUUAAUAGCAUUGAAAAAAUGGAUGAUCUUGAGAAUAUGAAACCAUUAUCAGAUGAUUCUGAUUUGACGACUUGUUUUCUAUUCAAAUUAUCUACUAAUUCACCUGAAAUCUUACAAUUUUUGGUUCAUUCUAUUAAUGAUCUUGUCAAUUACCACGUUAUUUUAUAUACCGCUAUGCAAUUAGCUGGGCUUAAUCAACAGUGUAUUUUGCCAGUAUUGCCAAAUGUUGAAUUUACUUAUGUAGCUUUUUUCCGUCAUAUGAUUUUUUAUCUUAAAGCUGAUAUUCUUGCUAUCGUGUUCCAAAUGAUCUCUCUGUUUGUGUUCGAUCUUCAUAUCUUGGAAGAUUUUUCCCGUAUUAACCAAACUCUUGCUGAAGAUAUCAGAGUUGGCGCGACAAUUGUCACGUCAGAUAUUAUUGGUAUAAUUCUAUCAAAAGUGUACGACAAGUUAACUUUCAAUGUUGCGGAUUUUGUUCCUUUUAAUGAACUGACAUGCGAUGCAUCAAAAUUAAAGCAUUUGAUUCAACAAACACUUGACGCGGAUGGUGAAAGAUCAACCCUAUAUUUGUCAUAUUUAAAUGCAUUUUGUAUGGCUAGUGAACCAGCAACUACAUCGGAAAUUAUCGCUAGAUUUAUAGUUGAAGCACGAAAUGAACAAGAGUUGCUUAAGCUAAGCGCUCUUCUCUUAUCAAUUCUACCAUUUUCCCCAAAUGUCGGCGAAGAAGCAAUGAAAAAAUUUUUUACAAAUCGUGCUAAGAUUGAAGAGGAAAAACGUAAUGAAAAAAUGAUGCAGAAUCGAUGUAAUUUAGAUAAUGAAGCAAAUAUUUUAUUGGACGAAAUUGUAAAUGUAAGAUGGCUUGAAAAUUUAAGAAUUUUGAAUGAAUGGCAAAAAGCAUUGGAUGGCAAAAAUCCGUUAAAAUACGUUAGAUUCGAAAUGACCAAGUUCUAUGGUGAAAUAACGACGAAUGUAUUCAGCUGGGUUCUUGAUACUUUAUCUUUUCUGGAUGAUAUUCAGGAUAAGGCGGGUGAUAAGUAUGAUCAACUUAUGGAAUCAGUUGUACAAGGAUCAAUUUCACUUUGUUCGUCGAUUACCGUCCCUUCCAUACUCUCUUCAAGAUUUUCCUACAAAAUUUGUGCACAAUUCGCAACGCUGCUUAUCACACUUCUCAAAAACGUUUGUGAUGAUAAUACGCCAUCUAGCUAUUCUCUCUUUCUGAAUAUGCGUGCAUGGGGAAAUGAUUUUUUAUGCUGUCAAGUUGUAUAUCUGCGUCAGCAGUUUAUGUCACAUUUUCUUGAUGAAGCAUUAAUGUAUGCAGACAAGCUUUUUGAUUGUUCAUCUAUCGAUGUUUGGGAAAUGGAACAAACUUUCGCUGGUGGUUGUCGUAAAAAAAAUUCAUGGAAAGAUGAUGGUAACGAUCAAAUUUCGCUUUUUGAACAAAUAAGAACUAUGUCACUCGCGCCUUUAAAAGCAGUUCAGAUGGCACAUUCUGGAGUAAUUGGUGCUGGAUUGAGAAGGAAAGAAGAAAUAGAUAAAAAAAGUGGUUUUCACAUGCGUAGAUUAAUAUUUUUCGAUUCUAUUCAAAGACUUGCAUGUACGACAACAUCUGAUAAUGAUUUGGUUCCACUCCAUCAAAUUUACAAACAUUUAGCAAUAAAAAUAACUGAUCGAGUUUGCAAAGAUGGGCUUACAGGCGCUUUUAUCUGGAAUGAAUGGGAACAAGAAAAAGAGAAUAUUGCUAGAUAUAUCGCAGCAGCUCGACGUCUUUCUGAGAGUUAUUUUUUGUGGGAUUUGAUGUUCGCUGUUGCUGAAGUGUAUCCUUGCCUUUGGUACUGUAGCCCACUUUUGAAGUCUAUAUUCGCAACUAUCUUAAUCCAGUUCGAAAAUAAUUCUGAUCGAAAAUCAUUGCCAUCGAAAGAAAUUGUGGAUUUGUUGGAUCGGUGGUUUUUGCUCACGAAAAGAGGUCAGAUGCUUCCCAGGCAAUUAGCACUUUUUGUCGAUGUUAUUCAGAAUGUAAGCAUACAUGAAGGACAUAAUGUUUUAUUGGAUAUUUGGCAUUAUUUUCAAAAUUUUUUCGAGAAGGAGACUCAUCCUAUAAAUACGCUGAAUACAAUUUUCGAGAAGGCUGUAAAUGGAGUGAAUGAGCUAAUUCAAGGUGAUCUCAGCAAUUCUCGAGAAACCUGUAGACUAGUGAUUCAACGAAAUAUAGUCAAAUUAGGCUGCCUGUUCCCCUUGAUAUUUGCUGAUGAACUUGUGGAUGUAAAGGAAAUAUAG